UCCCAGCAUGUGACUCGGCCUCACCUCCACGUUGGUGCCUGCUGGUUAUUUGCUGAUGUCAAGAAAAGGAAAAAACCCAACUUCCUCGUACCGGCUCAUAUGCUUAAAGGAAGCUUCGCGUCGCCACAAGUUUCAGCUGUGACAGUCUUCAUGUGAAAACCUGAGCGAAAGGGCACAUUUAACCGCACAUUUGUGUUUUUUAAAAGACUCGUCUGACGAGCAGGUGGAACAUGAACGGGCUGCACCGAGGAGGAAGAGAUGAAUGCUGAUGUCACUUUCUUCCCAGCUGCACACCCAUGGAGUAAAAUCCCCAACGCGAGCUCUCUGAACCUCACAGUUCAAAACUCAUCCUGCCCUGCCAGCAAGAGAAUGGAGCCCAGUGGGCGUUGUGUUACCCCGGACGAGCCUGAUCCUUCCCUCCAUCAUCUGGACUCCCAGCUGGACUUCUUCCACAAACUCGGGUACUCCACAGCGCAGGUCCAGGCUGUUCAGAGGAAGUACGGCCCCAACAUGGACACAGAUAAGGUUCUAGGGGAGCUGGUAAGGAUAGGGGCCGGCCCGGAGGCGACCAGGCAGGGGCCUGUGACGAUGUCGGUGCUGGUGCCCAGAGGGGACAUACAGGCUCUGGGUCCCACCCUGCAGCUGCCUGUCACUGUCACGUCUCCCCAAAGCAGAGAGGAGACCAGCGAGGAAGAAGAUGUCCUGAGACCCAUCGUUAUAGAUGGGAGCAAUGUGGCCAUGAGCCAUGGGAACAAGGAAGUUUUCUCUUGUCUGGGAAUCCAGUUGGCUGUGAACUUCUUCCUGGAGAGAGGCCACACUCAAAUCACUGUGUUUGUUCCCUCAUGGAGGAAGGAGCAGCCGAGGCCAGAUGUUCCCAUUACAGAUCAGCACAUCCUGCGAGAUCUGGAAAAGAGGAAGAUUCUGGUGUUCACACCUUCGCGUCGUGUCGCAGGGAAACGGGUGGUUUGUAAUGACGACUGGUUCAUUGUCCAGCUGGGCUACGAGUCUGACGGCAUCAUCGUGUCCAACGACAUGUACCGCGACAUUCAGGGAGAGAAGCCCGAGUGGAAGCGCUUCAUCGAAGAGAGGCUGCUGAUGUACUCCUUCGUCAAUGACAAGUUUAUGCCUCCUGAUGAUCCUCUGGGUCGACAUGGACCAACCCUGGAGAACUUCCUGCGGAAGUUUCCAAAGACUCAGAAAAAACAGCCAUGUCCUUAUGGAAAGAAAUGCACCUACGGGAUCAAAUGUAAAUUCCACCAUCCUGAACGAGCCAAACAGUCCAAUCGCUUGCUUGCUGAUGUGCUUCGUGAGAACGCUAAGCACCCCUUGACUGCUCAGAAUCAGUCUUCAGCUCGCAUCAGUCCUGUACCGGGCCAGAGCCUCUUGCUGGUGGAGGAUAUGGCAAAGAAACUGACUCUGGGACCCGAGAGCGUCUCUUUGAAGAAAGAUCAUAAAAAUGAAAAUGUAGUUCAUGUGAAGGUGAGUCACCGCCCCAGCAAGAGGGCCUCAUCUAGAAAGGAGAAGAACAGCCUACACUCUUCUUCUGACCAGGGCUCUGUGCGGCAUGGUGGCUCUCAGGAGCAGCUAGACUCGGGGUUGGGCUCCAUAGACAGCCAGCCAAAGGAGGCCCCUUGGAGCCAGCAGCCCCACAGUUUACGGCAACAGUACUACCUACCUAGAAGCGCACCGUGCAGCUGCUGCUCACACGGGCCCCCUUCUCUGGGGACCACACCAGCUUUCCAGCAUCACAACCAGCAUCACAGCAUCAGGCCGGUGGGCAGCCGCAGCUACGGCCCGCCUCAUUACGCCAGCUUCGGUGCAUACCCAGUCAGCAUGCCUGCUUACAGCCAGCCGGCAAAUUACCAGCAUAGCAGAAGCUACAGCUGCCAGCAGCAGUUGUACUGGUCCGAUCCGUUUGGUGCUCAUUCUCCAGCGGUUCGCAGCCUGCCGGGGGAGCACCCACCCAGCAGGGAGGAGAGAGAAGUUGUCCGGAAAAAGCUCCUGGCUAUCUUCAGUGUCCAGUUGGUAGACAUGGCCAUGGACAGGUUUCCUCAGCUGAUGGACCCGCAGAUGUUGGCCGCUGAGAUUCUCAUGCUGCAGAGUCAGAACAGGAUGAGAUGAGUCCAGUGCCAGUCUGAAACACGUCUUUCAAGGGAAAGACUGCUAUGAUAAACAUGAGUUUGUGUAUUUUUGUAUUGUGGUAUCCACCUUGCUAUAAACUGUAUUUAAUACUUUGGAACUGUUAUAUUAUAAGUUGCCUCAGUGAACCAGAUAAGAGGCAGUAUGCAGUUGAUACAAAUUGUAUCUUUAUUUAAAAUGUAACAGUAAAAAGUGGAUUUUAAUGACAUUUAAUGUGAUUAAAAGGGUUAACACCCAUAAAAUAUAAUGUGUCAUAUUGGCACUGUCUACAUUUAUGAAUUCAAAUUCCAACUAUUGCAAACGGUUGGGCAAUAAUUCACAGGUGUUCACCCUACAGUUGUGUCAUGAUGAUAUAUGAACGAUAUAACCAUAAAUCUAUGCAAAACAUCUCUGAACUCCGCCCCUCUCUAACCCUGCCAGAUGCUUGUCUAUUCCUUUAUCUCCUCAAAACUGGACAACUGCAAUGCGCUCUUCACGGGGAAAACACCCAACAUAUAACACCAAUUGCGUUUUCAUUGCACUGGCUCCCUGUCUCCUUCAGGAUUGACUACAAACUCCUGCUAGUCGUAUACAAAUCCAUCAACGGACACGCGCCUCCCCACCUACAGGAACUAAUCACACCACAAACCUCCACCCACACCCUCAGAUCUGGCAGCAGCUUGGUCCUCUGGGCUUUGAGCUCCGCAACAUGGAGCCUUCUGCUCUGCUGCACCACGCUUGUGGAACAGCCGUCUUGAGCAUCUGAGGGCAGCACAGACCCUAGACUCUUAUAAAAAAGGCCUAAAAACCUUUCUAUUCAGGAAGGCCUUUUCAU